CUUAAUUUUGGGCCUGAAUGGAUGCGUGGCUAUGCAAAGCCUGCAAACCAUCAGCAAGGACCAUUUGACAAUGACUCAAAUAUUGAUAAAUUGGCCUCUGACACAAAUCUAAUGUCAUCAUCCGUGUCAAGCGAACUAAUUUCAGAAGUUCAUCCUUUCCGCUACUCCAAGAAUUACAUGCUGAGCCUAUACAAUUCUUCACUUCCGGUCGACCUUGAUGCCGAUAGUACUCUUAUUUUCUCUCAAAGUCAACCACCCCUAUUGUUUGAAAAGCCAAGUAAAGUGGAGCUAGAGUUACUUAAAGGAAGUGUGCAUUGGGAAGAAUCACUUCCACGAACAGUGUUACAAAAGGAAAUUCAUCAUCACAAAGAAUCAUCUCCUGGUGGUGACACAGCCCGCCUUUUAUUUGGAAGUGGGAAGCUGGCCAAGACUUUUACGGAAACACCUGAAAAAGAUAUCCUGCUUAGCAAAAACAUAUAUCCCGAUACUAAAACAACAGGUGACCUUUAUGAAACAGAGGCAGAAGAGCCAUUAUGGAAAGAAGACUUUGUUACAUCAUCCAAAAUAAUCGGAGCAACCGAAAUGCCCCCAGUAGCACCUAGUGCACAAGGUGAGACCAGCCUCA